AUUCCAGGGGUAUGCAUGUGUGAGAGAGAGUGUAGGCAGACUAAGCACUAAUGACAAGUUUUGUUCCCCUUUUUUGUCUUUUUCAAACACGCAGGUUAAGACUAUGAGAGCUGAAGAUGGCUUCUGGGGUGCAAUCAUUUGAAUACUGAAGGAUGUGGCGUUAGCGGCCAGGACCUUGCUGGGUGGCUCUGCGUAGCUCUCUUUUUGAACGCCGGACGACGCAGGAAACUUUAACACAAUUCCCGUUAAAGAAGAGCCCGGCAUUGUUGCAGUGCUCAAACUGGCUGGGUCGCCAUUGCCUCCAUAAAUUUUUGUUCGUUGUGGAUUUGUUCAUUAUCCCUUUCACCGAUCUCUCUCCCUCUCUCUCUCUCUCUCUCCCUCUUUGGCUCUCUCCCAGUGUCUCUUGCCUACAAUAGCAUAGCGGCGAGAUCUGCACAUUGCAGAAUUCCGUUGAUUGACGAGAAAGCCAAAGGGAAAAACGGGAUCAAAGUUCACUGACAUGCUGGGACAAUCAGGUGUGCUUUGACAAGUCGUGGAGAAAAAUGUCUGGCUACGUUCUGCAGACAGAAGAAUGAACCUCCCAGGAACUUUUUUCGGGUCUGGAAGAGUCGUACCUCUGUGAUUGUGAGCGUUCAGGAAGGCUUGGUUGCGAGACAAGACCAAUCAUUUGUCUUGAUUCCCUGGGCUGAGAGCAGGCAAACCGAGGGGGUCGGGACGAGCAAACCCCUCUAUCAAGACCUGAUCUAUUUCCCCAAACAAUUUAGUGUAUUCAUGAGGUUACGCAAAUGUGGAGGCAGGAAAAUUACCGUAAUCAAUUGAAACAGCGAGUGCGCAUCCAUGGCUCUGAUUAUUUGAAGAUCAUCUAUCAGCCUGAUGUCUAUGUAACGAGGAAAGGGGGGCACUGAAUUACUGUUGAGUUUCACUGAGAAGUCCAUGAUCAUUGGGCAAGGGAGUUUGGUCAGUGAUAAUAGGGCUCCUUGGUCGGGCAACGGAAGUAUUUCACCAAACAUUAGAUAGCUGACUCUGUACUGCUGAAAGGUGCUGUUUUGAAACUAAAACCCACACUGUCCAGCUGAUCCUGUGCGCUGCGUUCUCCGUAAUCUCCUUUUUUUUUCACUUGACAAAGGAAAAAAGAGGCGGACAAGCCGCAGGUCUAAGAGGAUAAACUGAGCAUGGAGGUCAGGUACAACCAAGAGACGGAAGGGAUGGUGCUGAAGAAUGGACUUAAGGAGGGGAAGGAUGGCAAAGACUCCCAGGGCAGCUUGUCCAAAAGCUUCCUCAAGGAGCAGCAGGACUCCUUUUCCCCCUCUGGGACCGUGGACAACUGCGAGAAGAACAGGGGGAGCGUGGGGGACCCAGACUACUGCCGAAGAAUACUCGUCCGAGAUGCUAAAGGCUCCAUCCGAGAGAUCAUUCUGCCGAAAGGGUUGGAUUUGGACCGGCCCAAGCGAACCCGCACCUCCUUCACCGCAGAGCAGCUCUACCGGUUAGAGAUGGAGUUUCAGAGGUGCCAGUAUGUGGUUGGAAGGGAAAGGACAGAGCUGGCCCGUCAACUCAAUCUGUCUGAAACUCAGGUUAAAGUCUGGUUCCAGAACCGGCGUACUAAGCAGAAGAAAGACCAAGGGAAGGACUCUGAGCUGCGUUCAGUGGUUUCAGAAACAGCGGCGACAUGCAGUGUCCUCAGACUGCUGGAGCAGGGGCGGCUGCUGACGCCCCCGGGCCUACCAGGCCUCCUGCCCCACUGUGGCAGCGGCACUCUGGGCUCUGCCCUGCGUCCCCCCUCCAUGGCACUGGCCAGCAACAGCAGCAGUAGCAGCAGCAGCGGCGGCAGCACUGGCACAGCGGGUGGCAGCCCUCCACUGCCUGCCGUCACCAGCUCAGGGACAGUGGCAGGCCUGCAGAGCUCACCGGCGGCUCACAGCCUCUUCAGCUUCCCCAUGCCCUCCUUACUCAGCGGGGUCGCCACCCGCAUUUCCUCCAACCCCCUCUCCAUGGCUGGCUCACUGGCUGGCAACUUGCAGGAACUUUCUGCACGUUACCUGAGCUCCUCUGCCUUUGAGCCUUACUCGCGGACCAAUGGCAAAGAAUCAGUAGACAAGAAAAUUCUGGAAUGACACUUCUUCUUUACGUAAACGAGUUUCUGUUAUCUCUGGACACAUUUAUGUUGUUUUCUUGGCUGUUACCGUCUUUGUUUGGUUUUGCUUAGUCUCUUUCAUCUGUCUGUGUCAUGUUCUGUAGCAGUUCAUGUAAUCCAGUUGCACAUCUGGCGGCUUGUACAAGGCAGAAAAUAAAGACCUACACAAGCUCAUCGAAGAAGGACAGGGUGGCAGUGGAAAGAUUUUGCACAAAAUGUUCAUACAGGACUAUAUAAAAGAGAAUUAGAAAGAAAAAUGCUGAUGAGAGUCUGAGACAUCUUUCAGGCUUUCUCCAAACAAAUAUUUAGUCAUAUUAAUCCAAGAUAAGUAUAUAUACAGGCGCUCCGGGGAAUACAGCGCUACAUACCAGAAAAGCUCCACCACUGCAGAGGAAGUGGUACAUAGUGUAUAGCUGGAUGUCUAGGACUGGUGACAGAAAUUGUAAAGUGAUGGUACCUUUCUGAACUGUGUUUUAUUAUUUGAUUGUGUUGGGUAGAUUCAUGUCACUGCAGUGAAUAGAUGUAAAGAAGGACGGUGAGAUGUCAGACACCAGAGCAGCAGUUUUGAGAGCUCCAAUCAGAAAAUCAGAGAAUUCAAAAUUUAAAACGUAGCGUUAUGAAUGAACGAGCAAGGCCGAUUUCUCAACACAGAAUUGGGGGAGGGGAAAAAGUGCCUCUGUUGGAAGGUCAUUGCAAGGCCAGUGUCAGCACGAAAGCUUAUGCAGAUGUCUCACAAAAACGAAUAAGCUUACAAAAAGACCUUUUGUAAAAGCAUUUUUAUUGAGUUAGGACCAAACCAAAACAUAACCCAGAGAAGGUGUUGUCAUACAGUAUGAUAGCUGAAUUGUUCUGUGUUGUUUUCACUAUGGUUUGGUGAAGAUUUCAACAUUUUACAACAUGAGUCUUCACUUUGUGGGAUUUUUUGUCUUCAAGAUGCAGUACCUGACGUUUUUUUUUCUUUUUCUUUUUUUGCUGUUGUCUUUUUUCUUUUUGUCUGUGAUUUAAAUACCACUGUGAGUUCUCAGAGUUUUGGUGUACGGUUUCUAUUCUGUGCAGGAGCUAAGUGCAGACAUGCGUUUGCAGAGAGGGAAAAAGGCUUUUCAGCAUUAGCAAGCUGCUUGCUUUGUUGAACACACAAGGUAACAGCUUUUUCAAAAAUUAAGACAAUAUAAUACCCUUUCCUGUGCAAAUUUUUCAAAAGUCCACAGCCUUCAUAAAGGAUUUAGGCAGACUGAUGCAUGUGACGACUGAGUGGAAUUAUUGUAGUAUAAAAGUACUGGAAAUGAGAAAUGUACCUUAAAAUUGUUAUUUUAUUGUAAAUUAUUCACUUCUGUAAUUAAUAGAUUAUUAGUAUAUCUGGAAAAUAAUGAACGAAUGAGUGAAUGAAUGUAUUAGUGGGGCUGAAGAAUCAAUCAAAAGCUCUUUGGUGCUGUUGUUGUGAAAUAUCUUGAAAUUUGUGACACGUGUGGUACAAAUGUGCAUAUAUAUUAUGUAUAUGGCUACAGACAAAGACAAGUGUGUUUUUUUCAUUUUUCUUUCAUACAUGUUGCUAUGAAUCAAGUUAUGAUAAAUUCCAUGACUGUUAUACUUCUUAUA